AUGCCUAGAAUUACUCCAAAAACUUUACUGAAAGCUUAUAGGAUAAACCCGCUAUUACCAUUACUUCUACCCGAAUGUAGAACUAUAGAUCAAGCUAAAAUAGAAUAUAAAUGGUUAUCUCAAGAAUUACCUUUAAAAAAAAAAAAUUAUAAUAAUAUUCGUCUGCUAAAGGCCUGUCAAUUAAGAUUUAGGCAUUAUCCACUACAAUAUAUUUUGAAAACCCAACCCUUUGGCAAUAUAAUAAUCAAUUGUAAACCUGGUGUUUUAAUACCAAGAUGGGAAACAGAAGAAUGGUGUCUAAAACUAAUAAACAAUGUUAAAAUUAUCAAUGAUCUGAAAGUUUUAGAUUUAUGCACAGGGACAGGUUGUAUACCAAUACUACUAGCACAUUCUUUAAUAUCUUAUCAAAAAAAUACCAACUUUAAAGGCCAACUUAUUGGCGUAGAUGUUUCACCAAUUGCUAUUGAUUUGGCUAAAGAAAAUUCAAGGCAACUUGCUAGUAAUAUUGAUGGAACGUCCUUGUCAAGUGUGUUGCAAUUCAUUCAAGGAGAUAUAUUAAAUCAGAAUAAUAUUAUUAACAAGAAUGCUCAUUUCGACAUAAUAACAUGUAACCCCCCAUAUAUACAUAAUUUUAUCAGAGCUGCUUCUGUUAGAUGUUAUGAACCUAAAUUAGCAUUGUAUGGCAAUCUUAUAUUUUAUCAAAAUUUAAUAGACAAAUGGAUUAAUAGAACAGAUUCCUUUAUUUACGAAGUUGGUGAUAUGAAUCAAGUUCAAUUUUUGUAUCAAAAGUUAAAAACUCUAAAUAGCAAGGAUACUUGGAAAGUUGGAUUUGCUAAAGAUAGCAAUGAUCAAGUAAGAUGUGUUUAUGGUUAUAAAAGUAACAACACAAGGUUGCCAAUGAAUCAUAUAUUUGAAAAAUUCGGACAAAUAUUAUGUUAA